UCUUCAUUGUUUUGCAAAUCGUAAACGUAAACAUUCGCAUUUCGCAUUCGCAUUAUUAUCGUCAGACGUCAGUGAAGAACAAUGACCGUUUGUUAUUGCACUGUUGUGCGAACAAAGUCUUCAACAUAAUAUUUAUAUUCAAAAAAAUCAUUGUGGCUUCAAAUUUUUAUAACAUAUAUACAGGCAUUUCUGCUCAGUAAAACUUAUACCUAAUUAAUGCGGGCUAUGAUAUAAUUGAAGUGAUUUAUUUCUGUUUGUACUAAACUGAUAAUAAUUUUCAAAAUUCGAACGACCUAAUUCGGUGCUUGUAAACAAAGAAAUUGGGACAGAAAAUGUGGUCGCACUUAGAACGUGGCAGUUCGCCAGUGGAUUGGUGUGAAUCGAAUUAUUCCAUAUCUCCGGUGAUAGCCGAAUUCGUGAAUACUGUCAGCAAUGUAUUAUUUUUUUUGUUACCUCCAGUUUUGAUACAUUUGUUCCAAGAAUAUUCAAAAUUUGUUAAUCCAGGUAUAAAUGUGCUAUGGGUACUCUUAAUGGUUGUUGGAAUGAGCUCAGCAUACUUUCAUGCUACCUUGAGUUUAGUUGGACAGCUGUUAGAUGAGCUCGCAAUUUUAUGGGUUUUUAUGGCUGCCUUUGCAAUGUUUUUGCCCAAGAGAUAUUUCCCCAAAUUCUUAGGAGGCAAUAGGAGGAAGCUAGCUUUCUACUCAAGCUUGUUCUCCGUCGUGUCGACAGGCUUCCUGGUGAUGCAUCCGAAAGCGAAUGCGUUUGCCCUGAUGACUCUCGCCUUGCCAGCUGUUGGAUUUUUGUGCAAAGAGCUAAACAGAGUGAAAUGCGCACGAGUGUACAGGCUAGGUCUGCGGUGCGUAGCAGUUUGUUUCUUAGCGAUAUUCUCAUGGAUCAUAGACAGAUUGUUCUGCGAGGCGUGGCUUUCCAUAGACUUCCCCUACAUGCACGGUGUAUGGCACGUUCUUAUAUUCAUAGCCAGUUACACCGCCCUAGUACUAUUCGCUUACUUCAACGUAUUAGAAGAGAGGCCCGAGCAAAAGCCACAGCUAAAAUACUGGCCAAGAAAUGACUUCGAGCUCGGCAUCCCGUAUAUAACGAUCAAGCAUCCGUGCAAAAAGUACUACACCGAUUUAGCUAUAUAACUUGCCAAAUGAUAAUAAUUAAUACUGAAAUAGGUCAGUUUGUACGCAAAUCAUGUUGCAGCUCAAUGUGAAAAUGUGGUUGCUAAAAUGACGGUAGUUUUAGAAUUUUUUUGUGAAAUUGAAGAGCUUAUUAAUUUUUUUAACAGCAUGUAAAACUAAUAUUACUAUAUAACUAUGUUAGAAAUCGUUUAUUUAUAUUGAAAAUAUUUAUUAGCAGACAUUUCAGAACUAGCUACAUUACGCGAUGAAAGCUGCUUACGACUGUGAUUCGUCUAUUGUAGACAGAGAAGUUAAUAAAUAAAUAGAAGUCACAUUUACACAAGAAACAAAACAACUACGUACCUAUACUUUAUUAUUUUUUUAACCAUUUAUUCUUCUGUUUUAAGGCACAGUUUUUAUUUCUACAUUACCUUACCAUGCAUGCAAAAGGUUUGACGGUUUAGUUUUGUCAGCUGUGGUAUUUGGAAAAGCUUCUUCUACACUUGUCACGUUACCCUUAUAAUCUCUAUCCAUGUAUUUAUUCCUAUUUACUUCUCUGUCUAGUGAUUCCUAUACACAUAAUAGUUAAGGCAAUAUAUGAGAAUCCAAUUUAAAAAUAGAUUCCUAUACACAUAAUAGUUAAGUUAGAAUCCAAAAUUUUAAAGGUGACAAAUGAAGAGGCCAUUAAAUUAUUAAGUUUAAGUAGGUAUGUACAAGCUAUACUUCAUUUUCAUUUCAGUUAUCGAUGGUGAGUGGUGGUGCAGAUAUUUUAUUAUCUGUACCCACUAUAAUAAAAUAUUUAAAAAUUCACCAUUUAUGUAAAAACUAUUUUUAGAUUAAAAUUAGCUAAUGUUUGAUUUAUAAGUUAACAAAGUGAUUGUCAAAUUAUGUGAUUAGUGAUUAGAUUUUAAAUCUUCUAUACAUACAUAUAUUUCUAAGGAAUAUUUAUUUGACCUGUAAGAGUUUCAAUGUCAUUCAAAAGAUUACCGCAUGUGAUAGAUCUACAUACAGUCAAACUGGUGAUUUUUAAUCAUAGGAAAGUCUAAAUUAAUUGAAUUUUGCAAUAACUUGUUUCUACAGGUAUAGUACAUAACAGUGUUCUCAUCUGCGCAGUGCAAUGAGUGGGAGGGAUAUAAGAACAGGAAGGGAGCUAGGAGUGGAUGGUAGACAUUCGUUGACACAUUAAUGGCAGACGUACACUGAUCUGUACCGUACGUAUCGGACGCAUCGCAUCAAACGGAUUUUAGUAUACUUUGUAUAGAAAGUCAUAAAAGUGCGUACGUAAAAUUAGAAGUCCGUUUGAUGCGAUGCGUCCGUAACGUACGAUGCGCAUCAGUGGACGCCUACUAUAGGAGAGCCACCAUUUUGCUGCUCUAGCUCCCCUCUGUCGUCUUAGCCCCGCGGCCCUGUAGCACUACUCUGUAACAAUGUUUAAUUAUAGCUCGACUGUGUGUCUCUAAUUCGUUUCUAUCUCUAUCUAUAGUAUGGUGUUAGACAGAGGGAGAUAGAGGCGUGUUCGAUCACUCUGUACCACAGAGUAGAAUAACGCUACUAAGUACACUGUUUUAAAGAGACUCAGUUAUACUGAUUGCCUGCAGCCAUUCUGUAAUGGAAUUGUAACGCUCAAUGAACUAGUGAUAAAUAAAAGUGAAUUGAUUUUUACACAUGAACUGAAAUCUAAGCUUGACGUUCACGGUCCAUAUUAUUAUUAUAAGUAUUACUGAAAGUUAUAGCGUAUUACAUAAUAAGGCGAUUUAAUAACAACUGUCAUGGAAUUACUAUAUUGAUAUAUCGUCACAUGGCGAAAGUAUAUACUAAAUAUGUACAUAGUAAUUCCAUAAGAUUCUACGUACAGUAUAGUUUAACAGCCCAACUACACUUAUGUUUCUAUAGCGUAGGCGUUGGUUAUUAGUAUGCUAAGCUGCAUCUCCACAAUAGAAAGAAUCGCAACGAAUCCGUCAUACAAUGGUCAUAUUAUAAUCUUCCGAGAUACGAUAAUUCCAUCUGCGUAUAGUCGGGAGUGUAUCACCCUGAGGAGAUAAACCAUUUGUAGAAUUUGGUGGCAUACUGUACGUACCCUUUUGACGGCCUCCAUGGCGCAGUGAUAUUCCGAUUUACAAGACGGAGAUCCUGGGUUCGAACUCCGGCUGGGCCGACUGUGGUUUUCUUAAUUGGUCCAGGUAGGUAUGACUGGAAUGCUUCGCUUCGGCCGUGGCUAGUUACCACCCUACCGGCAAAGACGGACUGCUAAGGGAUUUAGCGCUCCGUUUUCUAUAUAUAUCUUGUAUAUAAAAACCGAAUGGGGUGUGGUUUUCAUCCUCCUCCUAACAAGUUAGCCCGCUUCCAUCUUAGAUUGCAUCAUCACUUACACUCACAGGUGAUGAUUGUAAUCAAGGGCGAACUUGUAAAGAAUAACAAAAACGUACUUUGAGAAGAUGCUUUAGCUAUGACAUAGGAGUGUGUUAUUGAUUAGUCAUGGCAUCUCAAAGUGUGGCAUCGCAAGACUACGAAUUCGCUGUGUUUUCGCGGUAUUUGAGAUUCUCUCUUCUCUUAAGUUCAACUAACGCCUGCGGUAUAGUAAAAGCUGUUGGGCGUAUUGAAGACAAAAGACAAUAUAGGUAUAGUACUCGUAGCGUGAAUAGUGACGUAUGGAGUAAAAACUGAUAAUGGUAUGUUUGUGUUGCGUAAAAGAGUGCCAAUCUGUGAUGUUAAGACUAUUCUGAUAGUAAAGAUGUGCAAUGACUAGUAGAUAUAAAUUUUAUUGAUAUGUGAUGAUUAUAUAAUUUAGUACAAUAGUAAUUAUUCAAUGCUUGAAGAGCAAUAGUACAUUCCUUGGGAAUAUUUAUAAAGGCUUACCUACCAGUAUAUGUGUAUUAAUAGUACCUAAAGAUUCUAUGUAUAAUAUUACUAAAUAACAAUAGGUUGAUAAUAUACCAUCAUCCCAGCAAAAUUAGUCCAUUUAAUAGUGAUUUUUACCUACAUAAUUUUGUACAUUGCCAGCAAACGUAAAAUAACAGAAAUUUAUCCUUCUUAGAUGAAGUUAAAUUGCUUUUAUAAUUAUUUUUACAAUUUUUUUAAUUUACACAUUUUACAUGUAGACAAAUAUAAUUUACUUUGUUUUUUUAUAGUAAAAACUAAAAAGUAUCUUGGAAAGUCAUAAUUACCCAACAUACUAUAGAAGUUUUUUUUAUUUAAAAACCAUGACUUUUCCAUGGUAAAAAAUACAUUUUUCUGUAUGAAUUGUUAGAGCUUGCCUACUAUAAGUAGACUGAAAUCGCCCCCGCAAAUUAAAAAUAAUAUAUAAUGCAUAUAUUGGAAUAACUCAGUUUGCUAUUUAAUGUUUUUAAUUUUUAUAUAGAUAUGUUGUCACUCAAACAUUUUUUAACAAACAUGUAGAUUUUUUUUUAAUUUGCCAGGCGAUUUCAGUCUCUACUUUCAGUAACCUAAGUCUUAACACGAAUAAUAUGCGAAGUGACCUUUAUGUUAUAAAUAUAAUUAAGCAUUAUAACUUAAAGGUCAUUUUAUUAUUUAUUCAACUUUUUUUGUGAAUUUAUGGUAAAUUUUCAUUUAAUAAAGAAUCAAUUUUUA